AUGUUUACCCAGAAACGACAGAAAACUUGGGCCCAACGUGCCUGUGAGGCUGUGCUGACAACGGGUCCUGUACCUCAACAUGUGGCUAUUAUAAUGGACGGAAACCGGCGGUUUGCAGCAAAGAAAAGUUUGGCCAAGUCAGAGGGCCAUGUGAAAGGAUUUGACAAGUUAGCUGAGACUUUAGAAUGGUGUCUGGAUCUGGGAAUCUCAGAGGUGACAGUCUAUGCCUUCAGCAUCGAAAACUUCAAGAGGUCUGCAGAUGAAGUUGCCUGCCUUAUGGAGUUGUCACGACAAAAGUUUGCUAAAUUGUUACAGGAAAGAGACUUGAUUCAUCAGCAUGGGGUCUGUGUCCGCAUCAUCGGAAACAUUUCUUUGCUUCCCAAAGAUCUACAGGAGCUCUUGGCUGAGGCCGUCUGCAUGUCUGCACAUAACAAAAGGGCCAUUUUGAAUGUGUGUUUUGCUUAUACAGCCAGGGAUGACAUGUGUAUGGCAAUGCAAGAGCUGGCAGUGGGUGUCAAAGAAGGUGACAUUUCUGAAAGUUUGUUUGAGAAGUGCUUGUACACCUGCCACUGUAGAAAUGUUGAUUUGUUGAUUCGGACAUCAGGAGAAGUCAGACUGAGUGACUUUCUCUUGUGGGAGAGCUCUUUUUCCUGUCUAGCUUUUGUAAAAGUGCUAUGGCCAGAAUUUAGCAUCUGGCAUUUGUAUGCAGCCAUCCUUCACUAUCAGCGUAACUGCAGCAAAAUUCAGAUUGUACGCCAAAGCUACUUAAUUGAGCGUGAAAGAUUACAAAGAGAAGCCGACUUUGCCUGUGUGGUGGAAGAAUCAAACAUGGAGAAACCCCCCAACCACAGUGGUGCAGACAAAAGCUCCCAUCCUACCUCUUUCAACAUGCCAGCGCAGAAGAACAUCCAGAGCUGUGUGCAGCAGUAUGCAGCAGAAAGAGAACAACGAACACAAGCAUUCCUGGCAUGUCUCUACAGACGGCGUGAAGACUACAUCAAGAGCUUGCUGCCAGCUCACCCCCUUAUGGGAUCCAAACCAGCACUGUCAGUCACAUUGAGCUGA